CUGAAAUUCACGCACCGCGGCGCUGAAGUCAGUGAGUGGUGUUUGCGGAAAUAAUUGGGAAAUUUUUUCCUCUCCACUUUUCAGAAGGAUUUCCUGGUCAGGAUGAGUGUACUGCCCUAUCUCAGAAGUGCCCUGACUCUCGGCGAAAGAAUUCUAGGCACGUCAUCCUUGCAAACAGUUCCUGUGAGAUUCGCAAGCAAAAAGACAGGCUCCAGCACUAGGAAUCAGGGCAAAGGCAAUAGCAAACCCAAGCACAGAGGAUGGAAGCGCCAGGACGGUCAGCACGUGACACAAGGAACUCGACUUGCCCUUCAGCGCAAGACUCGCUUCCAUCCGGGACUGAAUGUGGGCUUCGGCCGGGAUGGCACUCUCUAUGCCAUGAGGGAUGGCAAAGUGGUAAUCACAUGCGAGAAGAUUGAUCCAAACUGGGACCGCACGUGGGUGCAAAGGAACUACGCCGGCCGAGAGGAUCAGACGAUCUACAAGAAGUUCUUCAAUGUCAUCGCCGAGAAGCAGCCCCAGAACUUCCGGCUGGUGGAGGAAGUGUAGGGAGAGGGAAAGUAGUGCAGGGAAUAAAUAGUUAAACAGCCGA